AGGCUUGAAGCGAUGCUUCGUUACAUCUUUCCUUUGCUCAGAUUUCAGAAUAUUAUUCUAAGGAAGCAACACCCCGGAGAGGGAGAGAGACAGAGACCCAGACAGGGAGAGAUGAAGAAGGGAAGUUCCGUUAAAUCCGCGCAGGCCCACGAGUUUUCUCUCGUCAAUGAAUGUCGUUAUUAUAUGUGACCUGCACAGGACGAUAGAAGAGAGGAUUUUUGGCUUUUGGGUGAUAUCUUGGGGAAAAAGUUGCUUGAGGAGCUGCUUUAUCUGUUAGCAAAUUAUGAGCUCGAGUUGGGUUUGUUUUCUCUUUGUUUAUGGUCGUUGGACUACUGUGCAGCUAUGUUAACACGUGUAGAUUGGGAUUCUCGGAGGUGAAAGCCUACCCGGGUGGUUCUUUUGGAGGGGAAGGAGAGCUGUUUCGGCAUCUGGAUUUGUUUCUUCCAUUGCUGAAGUUGUUUGGGUAGUUGCAGUUUUUUUCUCGGGGCUCAUCAAAGUUUUCUUUUUUCCUGCAUAGGAUUUGGAUUGUUCGCCUUUUUUCUUUGAACUGAAUUUCUUCCAUCCAUUGCUGACUUUGUAAGGACAUUCUGUUUGAUUUCGGCCAGUUGUGUCUUCCUCCCCAAGGUUUAGGAUUAUCCGGUCUUACUCUUUGUUACUCAGAUUGCCUUAGUGUCUUACUCUUUGAUAUUCAUAAUUCUUGACUUGUUGGAUUUUUUUUUUUCGUGUUUUUUUCCCUUUUCCCUCUACUGUUCUGUCUUGCUGUUGUAUUCUUUCGUUAAUUCAUUGAUUUGGGUUUUACUCUUCCUUGGUUGAGUAUCCAAGUUAUUAGGUCUUCCAUUCUAAAAGUUUAAUUCUCUGCAAUUUGUUCUGUUCUACAGCUUGUUAGUAUUUUUCUGUUGUUUUGGUUUUACUUUUCCCUUUGAUUCUUCUCAAGGAGUUUAGGAAUAUGAAAGGAAAAGGAGGGGGGACAGGAAAUUACUAUGUAUUGAAUACUGGGCAAAAGAUCCCAGCCAUAGGGCUUGGAACAUGGCAGAGUGGUGGAGACCUUUGCAUUGAAGCUUUGAAAAUGGCUCUGAAUGUUGGUUACCGUCACAUAGACUGUGCCCACCUUUAUGGGAAUGAGAUUGAAGUUGGCGAAGCACUGGGUGAAGCUUUCAGAGGUGGCCUGAAGAGGGAGGAUGUUUUCUUAACUUCUAAACUGUAUUGUACAACCAAUUCUGUCAAGAGAAUUGAGAAUUCUGUCAGGGUUUCUCUUAAGAACCUUGGAGUAUCAUACUUGGAUCUGUAUUUAGUGCAUUGGCCUGAGAGUUCAGCAUUUGGUGAUGCUACCGAUCCUCCUUCAAAGUCGGGGAGUGAAUAUCGGCAAUUUUCUCAUAGAUUGAAGCCGGUAUGGAAGGCCCUGGAAGGUCUAGUGGAGAUUGGUUUGGUUCGAGCUAUUGGCAUCAGUAAUUUCAGUGUUCAGCAGAUCAAAGAAUUGCUUCAAUUUUCAAAAGUUGUACCAGCAGUAAAUCAGGUGGAGUUGCAUCCUUUCUGGAGACAAGAAGAACUUGUAAGAUUCUGUCAAUCAAAAGGAAUCCAUGUAUCUGCUCACACUCCUUUAGGUGUACCAGCAUCCAAUCCUGGAGGACCUGACAGUGGAUCUGGUGGAGAAGAUGAACCUGGAACUCCACGUAUGACAUUCAGAAGAUCAAGAUCUGUACAUGGACCCAUGAUGAAGUUGUCUGUUGUUGCACAAAUAGCAGAUCGCCACAAGAAAACACCUGAGCAGGUUAUUCUGCGUUGGGGACUGCAAAGAGGAACAAGUGUCCUACCUUGCAGUCUGAAUCCUGAAAGGAUCAGGAAAAACAUAGACAUUUUCAACUGGUCACUCUCAGAUGAGGAAUGGAAUCGAUUGAACAGGAUUGAACCACAGGUGUGUCUCUUUGGAAACUGGCCUACCAAUCCUAUAGAGACCAGUUUUGUAUCAGGAAGCGGUCCCCUGCAAGCAGUGUAUGAGAUGGAAGAUGACAUUGAUGUUUGAUGCCUGUUAUAUGUUCUUGGGAUAUAUGAUUAAGUUAGAUAAUGUGAUCAUGUUAUAUAUUUAGCAUGAGCAUUGUUUUUAAGAUUUUCCUUUUAUAUUUUUCUUAUAUAGACACGUUUCCAUUUGUGAACUGGGUGACAACACAAUUAAUUUGACUUACCCACACCUAUAUUUAUGCUCAAUAAGUUUCUCUCAAUUUUCCCAAGAGAAGUCAUCUAAUACUGAAAUAGCGAAGUGAGAUGCAGAAAGUUGUAUCAAAGUUUUUAAGGAACCUCGUAAAAUGCUUACUUGUUGAUGA